AUGCUUUUCAAGGUGCAACCGGGAGGGCAAUCAGACAGCGGCAUAGGGAAUUCCUUCUCUUCACGAGUCGUGGAUACCUCGGUGCUUGCAGGCGACCCCACUCUGCAGAAGAAGAGGCCCAGGCGCCGUCUGAGCAUCGCGACGUCUUUGCAAAGCCGCCUGCUGCGGAGCGUAGCGAGCCCCAGUCUGCCCCAGGUUCUGCAAACUCAGCCCAACACGGGGAAGCCCAGGAGAAAUGCAUCGAAGCAUAAGCAGGUGCACAGCGGCGAUGCCGCUCCAGUCUUCGGAAAAGGGCACUCCCAGGAGACGCAGCGGCAAAGCGCACCGAAUAAACUCAGCGGACAUCACAUGCACGGGGGCAGGAGGGAGACUUCACAGAUGCAGGGACUGCUUUGUUGGCCCAGGGUGGCAUCAGAAAGCAAAGCCAAUGUGGGUGCGAGCUUGAAGCUUGUCCUUGACUUGGUUUGCCAAAGGCAGAUGAAAGCAGGUCAGACAGGAAGGAAUGAGCAGAGUCACUGCAUGCCUGGAGCUUACCCCGGAUUUCUGCCAUGCUGCACGGAGCUUCUCACAGUCACUCUGAGAUGUUGA